UAUCGGUUCUUCACAGCCAUUGAAUGGGGGCCUUAGAGGGGAAUAUAGACCAAACUUGUUUUUAGUCCAUUGAUGUGUGGCACUAUCGUGUGCAAGUGUGAUUGAAAAGCAACAGCACUUUUGAAUUGGAGCUGCACUUCUAAAGGAAAUACGAGAUUAUUAUAAUGACUUUCAGCGAUUCGGCGCGACAGUGCAGAGAUCUUAUCUUGAACAACAAAUUGGCGACAUUUCUGAGUGUAGCCCUUUUUGCGUUUAUUAUAUCGACGUUGUCUCUAGCUAGUUCCAACCAAAAUAAGAAGGAAGCUAUUGCCCAAUGUGAGGCAGCGUACAAGCAUAGUACUGAGGGACCCACUUGUUCAGUGGACAUUCAAAAAGAUCUGCCCGUGAAAGAUCCUGUUUAUCUUAUAAAGCAAGCAGACUUACUUCAUCUUUGGGCACCUUACGGGUCGGCGUUAGUGUGGAAUAAAUCAGUCCAGCAAAGUGCAUUACUAUGUUCAGGAACCGGAAAUGAACUGGUACAAACUAAAACGGCAGUGAGCUACAAAUCGUGUAUUCAAGGAUCGAAGUUCAAUAUAGAAGGUGGAAUCACCGCUAGUUCAAAAGAGUUGGAGUGUAAAGAAACAGUCACUGCCGACUCUGUUGUCUCCACAGAGGCUUGCGGGAAUGAUUGGGGUGUUAAACAUAAAAUUGGCUUUGACGCCGGUAAUGCUGGUUUUGUGGAAUACAUCCAAUCGUGCUUUGAUCCGAAAAGGUUAUCUGUUUUGUUUACAAGACACAUACUACCGGGAGCCGCCAUCGCGAGUGCUGUUACCAACGUAGAUGACAUUGCAUGGAAUAGUAAAGGAAUUGCAGAUACUGUUAAUCCGGAAACGUUAUAUAAACAGGAUCAACAGAUGUUGCAAUUUACCAAGCUUCUUGGAUCAGAGGAACAAGCAAAAAAAUAUCUGGUGACGGAUAAGCAAUAUUUGUCAAAGGGCCAUAUGACUCCAAAAGGUGACGGAGUGUUCCGCACUUGGAAGCAUGCAACAUUUUUCUAUACGAAUGCGGUUCCACAGUGGAAUACCGUCAAUGCAGGAAACUGGAACCGAGUGGAGUUGCUAGUUCAAAGUAUUGCCUCACUCCUUAAGGAAGAUCUUAUCGUAAUUCAAGGUACAAGCGGGGUACUAAGCUUAUUGCAUCUGAAUGGGGCGCAGAUUCCUGUUUCGUUGGACGAUUCCGGCAUUGACAUACCGCUUUGGACUUGGAAAAUCGUUAAGUCACCUAGUAAAGAUGCAGGGAUCGCGUUUGUUACGCUGAAUAAUCCCUUCGAGUCAAAAGUAGCAAAUUUGAAACCACUGUGUGAUGACAACUGUGAUACGGUUGGUUUUUCGAAGAAAGAAUUUAAGGAUUUUGCUCAAGGCUACACGAUAUGCUGCGAUCCGAAUCAUUUACUUAGGAUGGUACGCUAUGCACCUGACGAGGGAAUGGUUCAGAAUGUUCUCACGCAUACGAUGCUGUCUUCUAGAGGAACUGUAUUGUUUACGAGUUUAUCAUUAAUAUUCAUACUCUUUUUGUUGCAGUUGAUAAGGACAAUAUAUGUUUAGAGUUUAAGCAAUCAGUAUGCUUAAUUUAAAUAAACUUCAAAUUCGGCUUGUUUAUUUGAUAUUUGAUUGUUAUUUCAAAGACAUGCUUGCACUUCAUUUCGGCAGAGAUAAUUUUUAGUACUAUUCUUGAAGUAUCAUUUUUAAUUUGUGACAAUAAAUCUACUAAAUCUUUGAUCCUCGUCUGUAAUUGUUGUAUAGACUGUGAAUCAUAUUAGAUUUCGUAUUUCUGUGAUUAAAAUAAAAAAAAUCAAUGCUAACGUAUAGGAAAAUGGCCACCAGAAAACUUUCAAAAUAGGUUAAAUGGAAAACAUGAAGAAAUAACAAUGACGAAUAAAAUCUUAAGAAAAAGGUAUAACAAAUAAAUAAAAUUAUAUUAAAUGAACAAUGGGAAAAAAUAAAACUACGAUAAACGGAAAGCUAAAAACUAGAAAAUUAGGAAGAAAAUAGGAGAAAGGUAAAAAAUUAAACAAUAAGACAAAUUGGAAUGAAUAUGAAUAAGUAAAAUUGCUUUUGGAAAAGCAAAAAAAUAUGAAAAAAGGAAAUAGAAAAAGGCUAUAACAAGAAUAAAUGUAGUAAAUAGACAAAUUCUAAAAAAUAGGUGGAAUGACAAAUGACACAAAUAAAAAAGCAUGGCAUUAAAAUAUGAAACAAUAAGAACAAAAAUAAAGAAAGCAGAAUUUUCUUGAAAAAUUGCGAAUAAAAUUAAAUAACAGAGAAAAAACUAUAAAGUAAGUGAUAGUGAUAGCAAUAGAAAAAAAAGCAAAAGUAAGGAACGCAAAAAGAUGGAUAAAAUAAAAGUGUGGACAUAGGUAAAAAAGGCAGAAUCUUACAAUUGUAGAAAUACAAAUACAAUCCACAAUUUGAAAAAAAUGGAUCGAUGAAAUUUUAACAAAAUUAAAAAAAUCCAUGUAGGAAUUAAAAAAAAUGAAAAAAAUGAGAAACAUGGAUCAAAUUUCAA